AUGAUGUUCACCAAGACUUUCGGCCUAGCUGCUGCCUUCGCUACUCUGGCUACUGCCCUUCCUUCCAGCAUGGUCAAGCGUAACGAAACUGCGCCUGCCAGCGGAUCCGUCCUGAUCACCAACAACUUGAGCCAGGAUAUCUACGCUUGGUCCGUCUCCAACGACGUCGGUCCCAUGCAGACCCUCACAGCCAAUGGUGGUACCUACAGCGAGGCCUGGCGCACCAACCCCGAUGGCGGUGGUAUUUCCAUCAAGCUCUCCACGAGCCCCAAUCAGUCCGAUGUGCUUCAAUUCGAGUACACCCAGAGCACUGAUACCAUCUACUGGGAUCUCUCCUGCAUCAACAUGGAGGCCAACUCCGAGUUCACCCAGUACGGUUUCUCCGUCCUGCCCUCGGACAGUGGAAACUCGGGUUCUUGCCCUUCUGCCGUUUGCCAGGCUGGCGAUAGUGCCUGUUCUGCUGCCUACCUCCAGCCUACGGAUGAUCACGCAACUCACGGAUGCCCUCUUGAUACCGGCCUGGCUUUGAACAUUGGCCAGUAA